AAGGAAUUGAAAAAGCGUGUCGCGAAGCAAAUAUUCAUGAUUUUAUUAUUGGUCUACCUGAUGGUUAUGAUACUCCUGUUGGUGGAAAAGGAACACAACUUUCAGGUGGUCAAAAACAACGAAUUGCAAUAGCAAGAGCACUUAUUCGAAAUCCCAAGAUUUUAUUAUUAGAUGAAGCAACAUCUGCUCUAGAUGGUCAAGCUGAAAAGAUCGUACAAAAAGCUUUGGAUGCUGCUGCAAAGGGUAGAACAACUUUAGCUAUAGCACAUCGAUUAUCAACAAUUCAACAUGCAGACAUAAUAUUUGUGAUUAAGGAUGGUAAAGUACACGAACAAGGUACACAUCAAGAAUUACUGGCACAAAAAGGAAUGUAUCAUGCUAUGGUACAAGAACAAUUUUUGGGAGAAAUAAAAGAAUAA